AUGGUAAAGGAGUUAAAUCCUCUCCUUGAAACACUCAUAUGUCCAAAUUGCCCCUUUGUUGUCGUACACAAUGUUGGUUUGUGCAUUGCAUUAUGGGACCUGAAAGAGAUCAAAGACAGCUUCCUGUUCCCAGGUGAUGGUGCUUCACACACAGUUGUCCAUUUCCGAUAUGUUGUGUUCCGACCUUAUAUGGAUGAAAUCCUCGUUGGGAAAAUCAAAGGCAGCAGUAAAGACGGAGUGCAAGUUUCCCUGGGGUUUUUUGAUGACAUCCUGAUUCCAAGUGAUGCCCUACAGCACCCUUCCAGAUUCGAUGAACAGGAGCAGCUGUGGGUGUGGUUAUACGAGGCAGAGGAUGAGAAGCACGAUUUGUUUAUGGACAUUGGUGAAGAAAUUAGAUUCCGAGUUGUUGAUGAAACAUUUGUAGACACAACACCCACAAGCCCAGAAACCGGCACCGAAGAGACCGAUGUCUUGGAAUCAGAUGCCAAAAAGGUGCCCUACACAUUAACUGUGUUGGUGGUGUCAAGAGAAAAAGACUACUGUCACAGUCUAUCCAUGUCAACAUACUGUUUGUCAGAAUUGCUGUUCUCAACUGACAUUUAAGCAAUGCCCCAUAUGUCGACAACACAUGCUCAGCAAAAGUGGAUUUGUGUGUCCAAAGUUCGAAGAGAAAGCAGUCCAGACGGUUGCAGAAUCUGUUGGUAAGUAUAAAAUAACUGUAAUUGAUUUCUAUAAAUUUUACCUUCACCUGAGUUAUAUUGGUUGUGUGAAUGACUGAGAAGAGGUUCCAUUGCUACAUUUCCAAUUCUUAUUUCAGUGUGCCCCAAGUGUAAAGAGAAAGCAGUCCAGAGAGUUGCAGAAUCUUUUGGCGAGUAUAAAAUAACUGUAAUUGAUUUCUAUAAAUUUUACCUACACCUGAGUUAUAUUGUUUGUGUAAAUGACUGAGAACAGGUUCCAUUGCUACAUUUUAUUCGAAUGGUUACCUAUAAAGUAAUUCUAUUCUCUACCUACAAAUGCAAGAAUAUCCAGUAAAUGGGUUUUAUAUGAAAACCUGAGACACAGGAAAAAGGACUCUCAUGAUGAGGAAAAAAUACAAAAGAUGAAAUAUAAAUCCUGAAGCGGUUGUCUCCCCUUAAGGAGAUAUAUUCACUUUUCUUUCAUCUCAUUGUUGUCUCCCUCACUUUCCUUCUCUCUUUCUCCCUCCUCCUUUCUCUCUCUCUCUCUCUCUAUCUAUCUAUCUAUCUACAAGUAGCAGCCUCUGUAGUUCCCAGUAGUGUAACAUGAAUUUUAUUAAAAAUAUUGAUAUUACCAAAAUUUAACAAAAUGUCCAGCAGUGUUGGCGCUGUUGCUAAAAUGGCUCAAUUAGGAAACACAAUAGAGUUAAUUGUCUUUUGAAUGAAGGAACUAAAACAUUUUGCUGUUUAAUG